AUGAAUGUGAAAGGAAAUCCUGGAUCGGAAUGCUUUGAUGGAUAUGGAAACAACGACGGAUUGUGUUCUUUUUUGGUCCCGUCUACUUCGACAAUUAAAAUAACCACUCAAAAACAAAUCGAAACUACUACUGCAGUGGAAUCUGUUUCUCAUUCACGACAUCUCAUGCUUCAAGUGGUGUUCGUUCUCAGUCUUGUGACUAUUGAUCUUCAACGUUUUUUCUCUUGA